GGGUGAUUCACGAGCUGGGCGUUUUGAGGCCGGGUAUAAAAGUGCCCGACCUCACAUCCCGCGCCAUCGUUUCUCCUGUCUCCCUUCCCUGGUGCUGCAGCUCCCCGAGCCAUGGUUCACUCCCUGAGCCCCUGCACCGACGGCAGCGCCUCCCCCUGCGGCGUGGCCGUGCCCCAGCCCGUGGCCGACUCCUGCAACGAGCCCUGCGUCCGGCAGUGCCCGGACUCCACGGUGGUCAUUUACCCUCCCCCGGUGGUGGUCACCAUCCCCGGGCCCAUCCUCAGCACCUUCCCCCAGCAGAGCGUCGUGGGCUCCGCCGGAGUCCCCGAAGUCGCGGCCGGUGCUGGAGGCAGUGCCGGAGCCGGAUUCGGAGGCAGUUUCGGUGCUGCCCGAACCCCUGGAGCUUCCCAAGUUUAUGGUGGGGCCAGGUGGGCACGGGGGUACCCCGUGGGGAGCUGCAGACCCUGCUGCUAA